AUGGAUAGAUUCGGUAGAUGGGGGAUGGGGACUACUGUCGGUUGUAGCUUGUGCCUAAAUGGCGUAGAGACUCAUGAACAUUUAUUUUUCUCAUGCCCGUAUUCUAAGGAGGUUUGGCAGGUGGUUCUGUCUAAGAAUCAUAUUACUCGAUCAGUUUUGGGGUUGUCAGGGGAAAUUGACUGGGUAUGCUUUCGGAUGAGUGGAGCCUCACUCCGUUGCAGAGUUUAUAAGCUUUCUUUGGCAGCUCCGAUCUAUUGGAUUUGGCGUGAAAGGAAUAACAGAGUUUUUCAAAGAAAAUCUCUUCUUGCUCCUUUGUUGAGUUCUCACAUCAUCGCAGAAGUUAGAGCAUGUCUCUGCUCUUGGAGAGACCUUCCGCGUACUGAUGAAGCCAGAUUGAUGUCUGCUGUUUGGGGCUUAAGUUCUAGGAUUUUCAGUCUCUAG